AUGUUCAUCCUCACGGAGAUUCGAGACACGGUAGCAUUGCAGCCGCAUACGUUUGGCUUCGAACCGACCGAGGUGAUUGCAAGAGAGCUUAACAAAAAAUACGCAAAUCGCAUUCUUCAAGACAUAGGACUUGUUAUCUCCGUGUUUGACCUUACGAAAUGCGGCGAAGGAAAAGUUCGAUAUGGCGAUGGCUGCCUCUGGUACAAAGUUGAAUUUCGCUUGGCGGUUUUCAGGCCGUUCAUCUCUGAGGUCUUGAUUGGCAAAGUAAAGUCUCAGGACGAAGAUGGGAUCCGAGUGACCCUCACAUUCUUUGACGAAGUCCAUAUCGACAAAUCGCAACUUCCAGCCCCUUGUGCAUUCGACUCUAGUCGUCAAAAGUUCUUUUGGGCUGCACAAAUGGAACCAGAUACGAAACGGACAGAACUCAUGGACUCGCCCUUUCAAGAGCGGCUUUACAUCGAACUCGAUGCACCAAUACGAUUCCGAGUUGAAGGAGACGAGUUUUACGAUGAUGAGCCUGGUCCUCCCAAAGCAGCGCAAGGUGCCAAAUAUGACUUGACCGUCUCAAAGCGACCUCCAUACCGCAUCUUUGCAUCGAUCGCUGGUCAGGGUAUGGGUCCACUCGAAUGGUGGGCGGGCGUAGGGCAAGCCGAUGAACAAAAUAAUGAGCAAAUGGAUGAAUAA